UAUGGAAACUAUUAACUCCAUAAUUUGCGAGUCAACUUUCCACGCUGACGUCGAUUAGGGAGACAAAUUGAUUAGCAAUUUUGCGCCUUUCUCGGGUCCACGUCUUGGGUUCAAUUGGAUUCAUGGGUAUGCUUAUGCAACUCAGUGCCAUGUCGGGGUGAUAAUCUGCCGCCUACUAUCUCUAUAAUUUAUGAAGCACUGAAGGGAAAACGCCGUUCAGCAUGUUGGUCGUUAGACGAGCAGCUGUGUAUCAGAAUCGCGCCAGCUUCGUGGGAACUUGGGAGGCUGUUGCGGCAGAGCUCGCCCUAUGCAGAGUGAAUAGCAGGAGAAUGCCCUUAUCUCGAAGGCCGUUUUCCUCAUCGUCCGGACGCUGGCAGCAAAAUGGCCAGGGGGGAAAAGGAUCACAGGAGAAAGAGUCGUUUCGGUCGAGAUUGCGGACAGCUCUGGGGAACACCAAAGUUGAAUGGUAUCCAAUUCCUGUCGGGCUGGGCAUCGGGUUCUUGGGAUUUGUUCAAUUCUUCAGAUCUAAAAGAGCAGAAAAGGAACGGCUGGAACGCGAGGGCAGCGAGGAAGUGUUGCCGCGGAAGAAAAUCCGACCCUCUGGGCCAUGGCAGGUUCAGGUCAUGUCUACCCUUCCCCUGAAGGCUAUGUCUCGACUUUGGGGCCGCUUCAACGAGCUGGUCAUUCCCUACUAUCUCCGCGUCCCAGGCUUCAAGCUUUACUCCUGGAUUUUCGGCGUCAAUCUAGACGAAGUUGCAGAGCCCGACCUCCAUACCUACCCGAACCUGGCCGCCUUCUUUUAUCGCGAGCUAAAGCCCGGUGUCCGUCCACUCGACCCAAACCCCCUAGCCAUUCUCUCGCCAGCCGACGGACGAAUACUACAGUUUGGGAUGAUUGAGAACGGGGAAGUCGAGCAGGUCAAGGGCAUGACGUACAGUCUGGAUUCUUUGCUGGGACAUGAAGAGCUGAGCCCUGGCCACGAGCCGGUACAUCCUACGAGGGCUCCAAUACACCACAACGAACACCGCGAGCACACUAAUAAAGACCCCGAUAAUGUGGCAGCAGACGAGAAGUUUGCUAAAAUGAAUGGAAUCACCUACACCCUCCCAACCUUACUCUCCGGCACCGGAAAGGGCCACGCCCCCGGAGACAAACCACUAGACGCAUCUAUGCAUUCCACCACCAGCUCCGAAGCCAAGGUCAGAGCCGACCUCGCCAAGGGCAAAACAGCCUGGUACAUGCCCACGCCCACCUCAAAUAGAUCCCUCUUCUACGUCGUCAUCUACCUCGCCCCAGGCGACUACCACCGCUUCCACUCCCCGGUGUCCUGGGUCGUCGAAAGCCGCCGCCAUUUCGCCGGCGAACUCUUCUCCGUCUCCCCGUACCUCCAACGCACCCUGCCGGGCCUAUUCACGCUGAACGAGCGCAUCGUGCUCCUCGGCCGCUGGCGCUGGGGGUUCUUCAGCAUGACGCCCGUCGGCGCCACGAACGUCGGCUCCAUCAAGAUCAACUUCGACUCCGAGCUGCGCACGAACAGCCUGACGACCGACACGGCCGCGGACCGCGCUGCUGCGGCCGCUGCCAAGCUCGGCGAGCCCUACUCGGGCUUCUCGGAGGCGACGUACCACCACGCCAGCAAGACGCUAGAGGGCCAUGCGCUACAGCGCGGCGAGGAGAUGGGCGGAUUCCAGCUGGGGAGCUCGAUUGUGUUGGUUUUCGAGGCGCCGUUGGGCGGGCGGCCUAGUUUUGACCUGGGGUGGAUGGGGGAGCACCGUGAGGGCGGUUGGAAGUGGAAGAUUGAGAAGGGGCAGUAUGUGAAGGUUGGGCAGGCGAUUGGGGAGGUGGAGAAGGCAUAAAAGAAGCAAAAGAACAAGAAGAAAAAGAAGAAGAAAAAAAAAGUCAUUUUAUAGAUGGGAUGAGCAUGUGCUCGUGUGGGCGCUGUAUCUACUACUUCUUUCUUGUAUGUACUUUUUAACAUUUUCUCUUGUCACUUUUCGGUGCAUUUAUUCUGCAUUUUGGACCGGAAAAAGGGUUUGGGUUCGCUCAUUUUUGUAAAUUACAUGAUUCAUGGUGCUCAUGCAUCCUCCUUAAUCACAUUUCAUUUUCCUUUCUGAAGCCUUCGUAAGUAUGCAUGCAUAUAUCGACCCAGCUCUCCCGGACGACUAUUCUUGCAUCACGGAGUGUAGAUGUCUCCAUAACGUUGAUAUCCGGAACCAGCCGUAUAUACAGGACAGGCAAGACACACACACACACACCCCACUGUUGUCACUUACAAGUCUCGCCUCGUUGACCAGUAGUUGACAGAGCUAUCCGCGGUCUUGUGCGGUAUUUCACCUGCGAUUCAAAUCCCCGGACUUACCGUAACGUAGACCUUAAUACACAACAAGAUUCUUCAAAAGGGAAAAAGAAAAAUACCCAAGUCCUCUUUCCUCAACCCCUUGUCCAUCAUCAUCAUCAUCAUCAUCAUCAUCAUCACCACCAUUCCGAAUCUUGCAGCAGGGGCGUACAUACCUCGAUCUUCCACCUUAUCCCGGCACCUGAAUCCUCAUAUACAGCACACACACACCACACCGGUCCCGUAGACGAUGAAACGAAAAACGAAAACGAAAAAGAGAAAUUCUACCGCGCCCUGCCCACUUUUUCCCGAUAUUUAUUUCGUUUCUUCAACUCCCCCAUACCACACCAUGUAAUAUGCUUGCUCUCCCUUCCCGAAACUCCCGAACCCGCCGGACCGACCCGGGGUUUCAGAAAAAGGGGGGAAAUAAAAUAAAAUAAAAGCAAUAUAAAUAGAACUCGCAAUCGGAAUUGGGAAUUGGGAAUUGGGAAUUGGGAUGAUAUCUCGGGGCAGGACAGGAGAAUUUGAGCAGUAGUAAGAUGAAAGGCAACAACACCCGUGGGGGUGGAAGAAGAUGAGAUAUGAUACGAAAAAGCAAAGAGAAUGGGGGAUGGGUGGGUGAGUGAGAAUCCGAUCUCUUUGAAGUUAAAAUAUGGCCGGGUCCAACAUGCAGUAACCAAGACAACUUUCGCUAUUUAUUAUUAUGAUUAUUCCCUUCCUCCGCCGUGAUGCUGAAUAAUGGACAGGUUGAGCCUGGCAAUAAUAUAAUUAUUUGGGGAGCGGUGAAUAAUAAUAAUCCGUCCGGGUGAUUGGAAUGGAGAUAUCAAAUCGAAAUAGUUAAUAAAUACGGUUGUUACUCCGUUCUCCGUUUUCCGUUUUCCGUUUCCCCCUUCCCCCUACCUACCCUACCCUACCCCACCCCGCUGGUAUGUCCAUAGACUCCAUACCAUGGGUUCUUAUUCUUUAUCAUUGUCGGACCGAUGUCGAUGGGGGUGGUUGUGGGACGGUGGGACCUGAGCCUGAGAGGUUUGGAGCUGUUUAAAUGAUAGUUACCAAAAACGAAAGGGGGAGGGAAAACGUGGAAUGGAAGUGGAAGCAAAGAAAAAAUAAAAAAUAAAAAUAAAA